AUGGAACUCUUGAUCAUCAGAAUAACGUGCUUGGUGGUUAUCUGUCUCUUGGAUAAAAGGGUAGACUCCAAUGAAAUCUUGGGCCUGAAGCUCCCCAACAUCGACCCGAUCCUGAAUGCCAACACGGUGUGUCUCACACUGCCAGGUUUGACGCGGCGCCAGCUGGAGGUGUGCAUGAGGAACCCUGACGUGACGGCUUCAGCAAUUCAGGGAAUCCAGAUUGCCAUCCACGAGUGCCAGCACCAGUUCAGAGGACACCGUUGGAACUGCUCCAGCCUGGAGACUAGAAACAAAAUACCCUACGACAGCAUCGUCUUUAAAAGAGGUUUCAGAGAGAGUGCUUUUGCGUAUGCCAUCGCAGCAGCAGGCGUUGUGCACGCCGUGGCCAACGCGUGCUCCAUGGGCAAGCUGAAGGCAUGCAGCUGUGACGAGAAACGGCGCGGGGACGAGGAGGCCUUUCGUAUUAAACUGCACCGCUUGCAGCUGGAGGCCAUCCACCGGGGGAAGGGUAUGGUGCACGGCGUCAUGGAGCACUUCCCCGCCGACCUGCCCGGACCCCAAGACUCCUGGGAGUGGGGUGGCUGCAGUCCUGACGUGGAAUUUGGUGAGAAGUUCUCGAGGGACUUCUUGGAUGCUCGAGAAAUCUACAAGGACAUCCACGCUCGCAUGAGGCUGCACAAUAACAGAGUUGGGAGACAGGUGGUGCUCGACCACAUGAGAAGGAAAUGCAAGUGCCACGGGACGUCGGGGAGCUGCCAACUAAAAACCUGCUGGCAGGUCACCCCAGAGUUCCGGGUAGUGGGCUCAAUCCUCAAAGAGCGCUUCCACAUCGCCACGCUCAUCAAGGCUCACAACCGAAACACCGGCCAGCUCGACCACUCCAACCACAACAACAACCACCACAGCCACCACAACAAUCACAACCACCACCACCACCACCACCACCACCACCACCACCAUCAUCAGAAAAACCACCACAAUCACCACCACCAUUCACAUCGGCGGCGGCCGAGCAUCAACGAACUGGUCUACUUUGAAAAGUCGCCAGAUUUCUGCGAGCGGGACCUGGGCUCGGACUCGAUGGGAUCGCAGGGCCGGAUCUGCAACAAGACCAGCCCCGGCAUGGACAACUGCGAGAGUCUGUGCUGCGGGAGAGGCCACAACAUCCUGCAGCAGACGCGGAGCGAACGCUGCAACUGCAAGUUUCAUUGGUGCUGCUAUGUGGUGUGCGAAGAAUGCAGGAUAACAGAGUGGGUCAGUGUCUGUAAAUGAAGAACACACACUAAAAGACUGUCCACACAAAAGUAAACAAAGAAAAAGAGACCUUUUUUAAAACCAAGAAUAUUAAUUUUGAAUGGGGAAUACUGUAAUAGACUGUAAUAUGUGUGCCCCAUACCUUUUUCGCGGUGGACUGCUGUUUUCCAGAAGAGCGAGGACAGAGUGUGAAGAGGUUGAGCGAGCAGAAAGAUAGAUGUGCAUGUUGGUUAAGAGUGUGCACAUGCACACAUGAAACUGCCACAACUCAGAGAGCUUGGAUGUUUACUGUCUUCCUCUUGAGAUAAAGGAACAUAGUUAUAUCAGUGAACUAUCUGAAAGCUCUGAAUCUGACAUCUGGGCUCAAAAAACAACAACAUAUUGUUGUUUCAUCAGCAUAUGUUGACUGACGUACAGCUGCAGGAUAUUCAAGUGAGCAAAGAGGAAGUUGAGAGUAAGCAGUAGAUUGCAUGCAAAGAGAAAAUAAUAAUGCUUCAGAGCACCAGCAGUAUAUAAAGUGGAAUGGCUGAGCACGACACACCUGGAGCACUUAAGGAUGUAGUGUUUUGUUCAAGGGCAGUUCAGAAGUUAAAAUGUUCAUCGCAACUAUCAUGUUACACCCAAAAAAAAUACAGCAGUGGAUUGUCUGGCUCAACUGACACUAUUACUAUGUAGUAUGCAUAAUGUGUAGCCCUGCUUACAGUGAUGACACCCUUAAAAAAAACACAUUCACACAAGUCCAGUGACAGACUGGACUAUUUCAAUUUGAAGGUUCCAUUAAAGGGGCUUUCAUAUUCACAUUACAGCAAUGACCAAUCACAGUGGCUGAAGCUGAAGUCGAAGAAAAUUCAGAUUUCAGAUUUUUCGGUACGAUUCCUCGUAAAACAAACUUUAAACUGAAACCAUUUCCUUUCCUCUAAUAGAGGGUGUUGAAAUAAGAUACACACAAAUCAGCUUCCAAGAGCAUAAGUACGAGCACUGACUCAAUGCACAAUAAGGUUAGUCUCCUAGCACAGAUAUGUUGUCCUUCAUUGAGUUCUCUCAAAACAGUUAUAUGUGGUGUCUGUGUUGUCAGGACUGUCAGAGUUCGGAGCACAAUAGACCUUUAUUUAAGUAACGUUUUCAUCCUCAGCAUGAUCUGAACAGCAUUGUAAAUAUAACCGAAUGAUGCUGCACAAAUACAAUCAAUAAAGUUAAAGUGCCUCGGGAAACUGAGCACACAUGAACAGGCUUCGGUUCCUCACACUAUAAACAUCCUCAGCUGCCAUCAAUCAAAGUGUUUCCUGUUUUGUGAUGUAAUGUACAUGUGUGCGACACUGUAUGCUUCUUGUGAUAUAUCGACACUCACCUUCUACACACUUCUUGAUCGUAGGGAUUUUCUGACGUUAAUGUCAAAGUAUAUAAGUAACAAAGUUGAUUCCUGUCUAUGCACAAUUCAAGGAUCAUAUUUGAUCUCAAGUGUAUGAGUGAGGCUUCUUAUCAGACUGUAAUUUAUUUCAAGCAAAUAUGUUUCUGUGUUCAAAGCAGGGGGAAAAAAAUCUGGAAAUGUGUUUCCAGUAUAACAGAUUAUUUUGAUUCUGAUAUGUAGUUUGCACAUACAGAACUGUGCCCAGGAAAACUCUGGGAGAUAUCAGCAAUAUGCAUUUUUUUCAUGUCAUAAAUGUAAUGUAUGUAUGUAUGUAUUUUUAUGUUUUAAUAUGCUUAUUAUCUAAGUUAUUUUAUUUUUGUGGAUAACUUAAUAUUUGUAAGACAAUAAAGAAAGACUAUAAUAUUGAAAGGGGCUUUAAUGUAAUGAAUAAUAAAAUACAUAAAAGCAG